CCUCAACAGCGCGGAGACCCUAGUGCAACGUAUUUCAGCAAUCAUCGACAUUGUCGUUGUUAACGUCUUGUCCGGUGUCGCACGAUAUACGGGAAUUUGUAAUCGAUCGAAAUGCCGACGAGUUUAUUCAGCGAGAUGGAUCGCGGCACGAACGGCGGCGGUGCCGGCGUCUCCUUCGAAGAUCAGCGCGCCCUUCAGCUCGCCUUCGAGCUGUCGAUGCUCGGCAUCCCGGAGGGCUCGUCCGGAUGCCCUGGCACCGGUACCGGCAACGGCACCACCAAUGAUCCAGAUCCGCUACAGACCGCCCCAGCUGUCUUCGAGGAGGCGCGUUCUAAGAAGAGCCAGAACAUGACCGAGUGCGUGCCGGUGCCCAGCAGCGAACACGUGGCGGAGAUCGUCGGUCGACAGGGCUGCAAGAUCAAGGCCCUCCGAGCAAAGACGAAUACCUAUAUCAAGACACCAGUGCGCGGUGAAGAACCCGUGUUUGUCGUCACCGGUCGCAAGGAGGACGUGGCCCGUGCGAAGCGUGAGAUUCUUUCCGCCGCGGAACAUUUCUCACAGAUUCGCGCGUCGCGCAAAAGCUCCUUAGGAGCUCUUCUGGGCGCGCCACCCGGACCACCGGCGACGGUGCCCGGUCACAUAACGAUUCAGGUACGAGUGCCCUACAGAGUAGUGGGUCUGGUCGUAGGCCCUAAAGGCGCGACCAUCAAACGAAUUCAGCAUCAGACGCAUACCUAUAUCGUGACACCCAGUCGCGACAAGGAGCCUGUGUUCGAAGUGACGGGACUACCGGAAAGCGUGGAAGCGGCCAGACGCGAAAUACAGGCUCACAUUACCCUGCGAACCGGCACUGCACCCGGCGUUGUCGAUGAUACUGAUCUGCUGGGCGUACUCUGCCGCGGCGGUCUCGGCUCUGUUCUCGGUAUUCAAAGUAUGGACCAACCGGGAUCGAACAGCUCCAGCAGUUCUAAUGGAGCGUUUUCGAGCAGUGCCAGCUGCAGCAGCUCGUCCAGCAGCACCGGUGGAAUAGGGAUGAACGACCUCGUCGCUAUUUGGAAUGGGAUAGAGAGGGACGAAGGAAUUGGCGAGUCGCCGUCAUUCGAGUCGCAGCCGACCUCGACAUCGUCAAUCUGGUCGUUUCCGAGCGUCGCGCUACCCUCGAGGCCGUCGCCGCCGGCGACGGCGAGCCCGGCGUCGCCCACGGAUUCGCUUUUGGGCGGCGCACGACGGGACUGCGUCGUUUGCGGCGAGAAGGAAGUCACCGCGGCGUUGGUACCCUGCGGACACAAUCUCUUCUGCAUGGACUGCGGCAAUCGGGUCUGCGAGAAUCAGGAUCCAAGCUGCCCGGUAUGCUCCAGACCAGUCCUGCAGGUGCUUCGUAUUUUCUCCUAAGAGGGACUCCGCCGAGUCGCCGCCCGUCAGUCUCCCGUGUCGCGACACCCGGUGUACCAGCAGCGGCUGCAUCAGCGAUUUACCUUCUACCACUCCUCGAGCAUGGCCGGUUAAUAACUGUUCCAGCGGACAUGACGACUGGAAAGCUGGAAGACAACGUGUUAGCGCCCGCGACAACGACGAUGCCUGCGCGAUAAUCCU